CUCGGAUACUGACUCGCCAGUGGCUGCAGCAGUCAGUCCUGUGCUUGUAGUUUGGUAUAUUGCAUGUACAUGAACAGUCCUUCACUCAGAAGCGAGCGUGCUUGGAUUACAGUGGAGAACACACGGAGAUAUCACUCGCAUCGCGUGCUUUAAAACUAAAUCAAACACGCGCUUGCAGCAUUGAGAGACUCUCAGCAAACUCAGUGUUGUCGUGAGCACUCGUGGGGGUCGGAUCGGCGGGAAUGGCUUCGUCUCCGUGCGGCGGUGGGAACUUUGAUUCCGGGCUGGAGAUCCAAACUCGCUCGGUGGAGCAAACACUCAUCCCGCUGGUGUCUCAGAUUACCACACUGAUCAAUCACAAAGACAAGCUCAAGAAGACGGAGAAGACCUUACGGGCCAUCCAGAGAGUGGGGCAGGCGGUCAGCGUCGCAGUUGGCCGCUUCGUGGCGGUGGGUGAAGCCAUUGCAGCAGAGAAUGAAGACUUGAAGGACGAGAUGGGACUGGCUUGCUUUGAGGCCCGGAGAGCAGGCACUGCCAUAGCUCAGCUGACGGAUGUGUCCAGUCUGGAGCAGUGUGAGGGUGAUGGGCGCAGCACGGUGUUUAGUGACAAGACUGGCAUGGUGAAAGCUGCUCGCAUGCUGCUCUCCUCUGUUACCAAAGUCCUGGUGCUUGCAGACUGCAUCGUUAUCAAACAGAUCAUAAGCUCUCGCAACAAAGUGCUGGUUACCCUGGAGCAGCUGGAGAGAGUCAGCACUUUUCAGGAAUUUGUCCAAAUCUUCAGCCAAUUUGGGAACGAGAUGGUAGAGUUUGCCCAUCUCACAGGAGACAGACAGAAUGAUCUGAAGGAUGAAAAGAAAAGAGCUCGGAUGGCCGCCGCACGUGCUGUGCUGGAGAAAUGCACCAUGAUGCUCCUCACAGCCUCAAAGACUUGUCUGAGACAUCCAGACUGCGAGUCGGCACGGAUCAACAAAGAAGCAGUCUUCCAGCGUAUGCGUCUGGCCCUGGAGCAAGUCAUUGAGAUUGUGACUGACACAAGGAGCUGUGGGGAGGCCAAAGCACUUCCUGUUAGCAUCUACGCUGGAAUUAAAGACUUUAAGGUUAAAGUGGAAGGUCUGAGAGACUCUCUGUACUGUGUGUCCUGUGAGGCUGUGGCGGCUCAGCUGGAAGCUCUGGUGGAGAAAACUGAAGACUUUACAGACUCCGCUUACACCAGCCACGAGCAGAGAGAGACAAUCAUACAACUCUGCCAGAUUACGCGUCAGGAGACCAAACAGCUCAUAAACACAUGGAGACACGCGCAGCAAUCGCUUAAAGCCAAAGAGGCCACGGACGAGGUGGAGCUCUCUAUUUUGAAGACUUGUCAGAGUGUCAGUGAUCUCAGGCGAGAGCUUCAUAGGGUAGCGGUGGGAAGAGCCACUGAGCUGCUGAAGCUGCAUUCAGAUCAUCUGGUGCUGCAGGCCCUGAAGGCCUCCGGCGGGGAUGGAAACCUGGAGGCCGUAGCUGAUUAUGCUGGCACACUGACCGAACACAAAGAGCAACUGGUGGAGACUUGUCGUUUGCUCUGCCACAUUUCGGGGACCGAGCCGCUGGAGAUCACCUGCGUUCACGCUGAGGAAACUUUCCGUGUCAUUGGUCCACAGAUCAUCUCAGCGGCACAGACCCUUGCUUUGCACCCCACCAGCAAGAUUGCCAAAGAAAACCUGGAUGUGUUUUGCGAGGCCUGGGAGUCCCAGCUGUGUGACAUGGCCAUCCUACUGAAGGAGAUCAACGAUGUGUUUGAGGGCCGCAGAGGUGAUAAGAAAACAUAUCUGUCUCUACCCAGACCAGGGAAACACUCUGUCAACCUGAAGACAGUCAAGGCUGCCAAACUUGACGCUGAGGAGCAAACCACCAUCGCCAAACUUGGGCUGGAACUGUGUCUCCUCACCUCAGAUGUGGACUCAGAGGUGGAGCGCUGGGACGAGCAGGACCACGAGAUGGUUCGAUUGUGUCAGAUCAUAUCCAGCAUGGCGUAUUCCAUGUACCUCUUCACCAGGGGGGAAGGCCUGCUGAAGACAACAUUGGAUCUAUUCCACCAAGCUGAGGUGUUGUCAGACCAAGGUCUCCAGCUGUGCCACAUCCUCCACUCUCUCUCCACACAGCUGCUGGAUGAAGACAGAAUCCUUAUUCUGUCUGAGACAGAGAAGCUGUCAGCCGCAUGUCAACAGCUGCAGGUCUGCGCCAAGACUCCGGUUCAGGGCAAGAGCGCCAUCUUUCAGAAGGUUGACUCAUCCAUACAGAAUACCAAAGGCAUCUUGACAGUGGUGGUCUAUUUGCUGCCCGUCUGUAAUAAGCUCAUCAGAAAGUGUAAAUCAGAACGCAGCUGUGUGGCUUCACCUCAGCACUGGAGGGAGAAGCAGCUGAGCACGACCGUCAGCGAGGAAACUCUGAAUGGCAAAGGCUCCAACGGCUUUGGGGUCAAAUCCCUGGAGCAGCACAUGGCCAAUCUAACAUUCCUGGAGAGCAAAUAGCUUUGAAAACCAAAGGCGCUCUUGCCUGUUCUCGCGCACACAGUGCAUGGCAAUGCACUCGCUCACAACGUGCCAUUCUUUGUGCUUCUGCCCAUUCGCUUUGUGGUGUACGAUACCGUUAGCGUUACCAGCCUCAUUCCAGAUACCAAAAAAAUAUUGAAGAAAAAUCCCUUUGUUGCAUGUGUUCAAGUCAUUAUGCGAAUCUUUCAAGUGUAAUGGCUGGUAAAUAAGCUACGGUUUUAACCGAAUAUUCAGCUGCGUUUCUUGUGAUUAGCCAACAUUGAGGUGUACAUGAUAAAAGGUUUGAUGCAAAAAAACUCUGCACACUGUAUUUAACGUAACUGCCUCAUGUACAAGUUGAUGCCAAAUAUAUCCAGUUUUAAUCAUCUUCCUACACUGGUCUUGCCACAGGGCAGUCUACUCAAUGCUCAAGGAAAUUCAGUGACUUUGGAUAUUAGUAUGAGAAGUCAGAUGUUCUGUUUCGAGAGUUUACAGCAGGGAACGUUACUUUCCAAAGAGGAAUUUCUGAAGGACGAUAAUAAAUAAGACAGUUUCUUUUAAAGGGAUAGUUCACCCAAAAAUGAAAAUUCUGUUAUCAUUUGCUUACCCUCAUGUCAUUCCUAUGGAAGCCUGUUUCCCCCACUGAAUAAAAAAAUCAAGGUAAUUGCGACUUUUUUUUCUCGCAAUUGCAAUUUUACAUCUCACAAUUCUGACUUUAUAACUCGCGAUUGCAAAUUUAAAUUUCACAAUUCUUAAAAAAAAAAAGAGCCAGAAUUGAGUUAAUACCUCGCAAUUCUGACUUUAUAACUCAUAAUUGUGAAUUUAAAUCUGAGAAAAGUCAGAAUUGCAAAAUACAAACUCACAUUUGCGAGUGAAAAGUCAGAAUUGUGCAAUUCUGACUUCAUUUCUUGCAAUUGUGAGUUUAUAUCACUUAAGUCGGAGAAUAAAAAGUCAGAAUUGUGAGUUUAUAUCACUUAAUUCUUGUGAGAAUUGUGAGUUUUCAGAGUUCUGACUUUAUUUCUCGCAAUUGUGAGUUUAUAGCAUGCAAUUCUGAGAGAAAGUCAGAAAUGUGAGUUUAUAUUGCAAUUCUGACUUUAUUUCUCACAAUUGUGAGUUUAUAUCAUGCAAUUCUGACUUUAUAACUCGUAAUUGCAAGUGUAUAUAUCACAAUUCUGAGAAAAAGUCAAAAUUGUGAGUUACAUUGCAAUGACUUUAUUUUUUCGCAAUUUUGAGUUUAUAUCAUGCAAUUCUGAAAGUCAGAACUGUGGAAAAAAAAGUCAGAAUUGUGAGUUUUAUUCUCACAAUUCUGACUUUAUUUCUUGCAAUUGUGUUUGUAUCAUGAAAUUCUGAGAAAAAAAGUCGGAAUUGAGGAUUUAUAUAGCAAUACUGACUUUAUAGUUUAUUUUAUUAAAUUCUGAGAAAAAGAUUUUGAAUUGUGAGUUUAUAUCUCACAAAUUUGACUUUAUUUCUCAGAAUUGCAAGUUUAUAUCUCAGUUCUGACUUUAUAACUUGCAAUUGCAAGUGUAUAUAUCACAAUUCUGAGAAAAAAGUCAGAAUUGUGAGUUAUGUCGCAAUGACUAUUUUUCACAAUUUUGAGUUUAUAUCAUGCAAUUCUGAAAGUCAGAACUGUGAAAAAAAAGUCAGAAUUGUAAAAAAAAAAAAAGAAUUGUGAGUUUUCUUCUCGCAAUUCUGACUUUAUUUCUUGCAAUUGUUUAUAUCAUACAAUUCUGAGAAAAAAAAAAGUCAGAAUUGAGGAUUUAUCUAGCAAUACUGACUUUAUUUCUCACAAUUGUGAGUUUAUAUCAUGAAAUUCUGAGAAAAAAAAUUUUAAUUGUAAGUUUAUAUCUCACAAAUUUUACUUUAUUUCUCAGAAUUGCAAGUUUAAAUCUUUCAAUUCUGACUUUAUAACUCGCAAUUGCGAGUGUAUAUAUCACAAUUCUGAGAAAAAGUCAGAAUUAUAAGUUUGUAUCACGCAGUUCUGACAAAAAAUUCAGAAAUCUCAGAUAAAUAGUCGCAAUAAUCUUUUUUAAAUUUUUUAUUCAGUGACAGAAACAGGCUUUCAUACAUUCCAAACCUGCAUGACUUCUGUGAAACACAAAAAUAAGUGAUUUUGAAUUUGAUUCUCUUAUGUUGUUUUAGACCCCAUUGGCUUUCAUUGUAUGGACAAAAGCAUCUCAAGACAUCAUCUUUUAUGUUUCACAGAUCAUCAUACAGGUUUGGAACAACAUGAGAGCAAGUAAAUAAUGACACAAUUUUCAUUUUCAGACAAACUGUCCCUUUAAAUGUACUUUCGUGGCGUGACAACCUUGUAAUAGUAUUGACUGCCUUGUAGGUCACUGUGAUUUGUAUUUUUACUUCAGUCCUAACAAUGUAAGUUGAGCUUUGGUACAUUUAACCUAAAAGGUUAGAGUGAGACGGUAUAUAAAUCAAUAGUUUAGGCUGUCGUGUACUGAAGAGCAACUUUUUAGUAUGGCACAGAUUAAAAGGCUCUUCAGAAAAUUGGAUUUUCAUUCACACACCAAUUCUAGUUGACACUUUACUAAAAUGUUCCUCUGAUUUAUACUUAAGUCAGUCAAAACCAUAAGCUUUAGAGAUGAUUGUGCAGCUAUGACCUUGAGUUGUAUUAGUGUUGGACCAUUGAAUGAUUGUGAAAUCAGAAAAAAAUCUAAAUAUACGUUAUUUUUCUUAAA